CGGCGCUGUAUCUGAAUUUUGCGCUACAAAGGUAUGGCGUUGGCACUUUCCAACUCGAAUGAGACUUCAUUUGAGGCUAUUAAUUUCACAUAUGGGAUAAAUAGGCAACAAGAAAGAAAUAAAAAGAAAAAACUGAGAAAGAAAGCAGCGCUGAAGAGACGUAGAGAACUUAGAAAUCAACCGCAACUUGUAAAUGGGGUUUCGGAUGACAAUAAAUCUCAUGAAAAUGAAGAAAGUGAUCCUGAACCAGAAGAUGAAAUAAUAGAAUUUGAAUAUACUGGUCCAUUUGAACGGUUUAAGUUACCAGAUGAUGAGGAUGAUGUUGCUGUUCCUGCUAAACCAGUAUCUCAUACUGAUAUAAACUUAAAAGCACGUACUGCAGCACUUUUAGCUGAAGAAGCUUCUGCAAAUGAGGCUAGACGUCGUUCUGGAAAUCAAGAUCCAGAUUCAAAUAACAAUGCACGACUAAAAAUCAGCUCUGGAGACUCUGCAAAUGGUGGAGUAGAAAUAUUAAGCAAGAAAAAAUUAAAGCGUCUUAAUCGUCCAAGUGUUGCUGCACUUAAACAAAUGGUAGCACGUCCUGAUGUCAUUGAAAUGUGGGAUGUUUGUGCUAAAGAUCCACUUUUACUAGCCUAUUUGAAGGCUUAUCGUAAUACUGUACCAGUUCCUAAACAUUGGUGUGCGAAAAGAAAGUAUUUACAAGGCAAACGUGGUUUUGAGAAACCUCCGUUUCGUUUACCGGAGUUCAUUGCUCGCACUGGAAUAAUGGAAAUGAGACAGACUGUACAAGAUAAGGAUGCGGAUAAAACACUGAAAACCAAAAUGCGAGAGAAAAUUCGACCCAAGGUGGGGAAAGUGGAUAUCGAUUAUCACAAAUUGCAUGAUGCAUUCUUUAAAUAUCAAACAAAGCCUAAGUUAUCAAUUCAUGGAGAUCUUUACUAUGAGGGCAAAGAAUUCGAAGUAAAAUUAAAAGAAAAGAAACCUGGUAAUAUGUCAGAUGAAUUACGAAAUGCUCUUGGUCUACCGUCUGGUUCUGGUGCUGAACGAUAUCCUCCACCAUGGUUAAUAGCUAUGCAACGAUAUGGUCCACCGCCAUCUUAUCCAAAUUUAAAAAUCCCUGGAUUGAAUGCACCUAUACCAGAUGGUUGUGCAUUUGGUUAUCAUCCUGGUGGAUGGGGUAAACCUCCAGUCGAUGAACUUGGACGUCCUGUUUACGGUGAUGUAUUCGGUAAUGGUGGAAAUAUGGCUGGUGUACCACCGCCACCGCCUCCACCGUCUACUUUUGAAGAUGCUGAUGAACAGAUUGCUCAUGGAAAUAUCACCUAUUGGGGUGAAUUAGAAUCGGAUGAAGAGUCUGAAGGUGAAGAAGAUGAUGAUCAAGAUAUGGAUACAGAUGGUGAAGAAGGUGAUGAAGCAGACCAGGCAACAGCUGCAGCUGCACUCGCCGAGAGUGAAACACAAAAGAUGCUUUCCACAAUUCCACGACAAGUGGAUGCUAGUGGUUUGAUUACACCUGCUGGAGGAUUAAUAACACCUAGUGGUGUAUCCAGUGUUGGUGCUGGCUUAGAGACACCACAAAGUAUGAUUGAAUUACGUAAGAAGACUAUAGAAGAAGCAAUGGAGGAUAGUACUGGUUUAGUGACACCAUCUACACAAUUAUAUCGUAUCCUACCAGAAACUGAAACUAAUCUACAACCGAAUGCACUUAUGGGCAGUACUAAAUUAUAUGAUGUGGCUGGUGUUACUGGAGCUCCACGCGGAAUUGAAGCUGAAGAUCCACGAGAACUUAUGCUACGUAAGCGUAUAUCAGGUACAGAAUCUCAACAAAGUAGUGGUGCUAAAUCUGGUGGAGGUAGUGUCGCUGGCGGGAUUAUCUCCGAUUCGUCGGGUACUUCAGCAUCUAAGAAAUAUAAAGAAUUCAAAUUUUAAACGGGAUAUUUAUUCGUUUCACUUCACUUCAACUCACAUAAACACACAUACACUCAUAUAUUCACGAAAUCCUUCUUUGUGUGCACUUGCUGUGUGUGUGUGUGGUGCGUGAGUGUUUGUCUUCAUCAUUUGAGUAUCACUCCUACACAAAUAAAUACCAUACACCUGUUGAAGAAAUAAACAUUAUUGUUAUUCAUUAACUACUUGCUUAAUUUGUAAAUAUAUAUAAAAUAUUUUAA